AUGAGCUCGUCGGUCGAAAUUGCUUCUUCUUUCAUCGAAGGAGCUCCUCCCGGAGAGUCGCUGGUAUGUGCAAACCCAUACCUACCCGGUUAUGGUCCUGGUCACAAAAUACCGUACAUCAUCGCUAACUCCAACGUUCAAUCACCAGACAUCAAAGUUCUCACCUCAGACGGCCCGAACAUUAUCCCCGAGCUCGAACCUGCCUUCAGAAGCUAUAAUGAGAAGCAAUUGGCUACUGUGAAGCUUCCCGGAAGCAGCCAACAGGUGAUUGUGAGCGAAUUUAAUCGAUUGGAUGGAGACCGAUAUUAUGACGUUGAAAGUUCGACUUCAUUUGAAUUUGAUCAUAUUACACAGACAGCGUCGGCCGCACAAUCAUACCCCCUCGACUCGCAAAAUGCAGACCUUGUAAAAUCUCUUCUUCGAUCUCUCUCUACUCAUGCAAAGGAGCACUAUCCCAGUUCUUCCUACGGAGUAUAUCCUGUCGACAACGAUACCGCAAUUGCCAUUGUUGUGGUCGCCAACCGAUACUCGCCAAAUAAUUUCUGGAAUGGCCGCUACCGCUCCAUUUACCAAAUCCCCGUCUCCUCAUCCUCCACUACAACCAUAACCGGCAACAUCCACAUCGACGUCCACUACUACGAAGACGGAAACGUGGCUUUGAGCACGACAAAACCCAUCUCGAUCCCCCUAUCAAACAUAUCCGCUGAAUCAAUCAUGUCCAAGAUCGGUGCCGCCGAGCGUGAUCAUCAGGAAGAGCUGAACAGGGCGUUUAGUCGAUUGGCUGAGGGUGCGUUUAAGAGUUUGAGACGACAAUUGCCUAUCACGAGACAGAAGGUUGAGUGGGAGAGGGUUGGGGGAUAUCGUUUGGGACAGGAUAUUUCUGGUGGGAAGGGGAAGUGA